UGAGAAAAAGGGGAAAAAAGAACCAUGUCCGGAACUCGAUCAAUUUUUGUGCCACGUGGCGAAAACUGGAGAAACCAUAGUCCAGUGGCCGCAGUUCAAAGAUUACUUCAUGUUUAAGCUAGAGAAAGUGAUGGAUGACUUCAGGUCCUCUGCGCCAGAGCCCAGGGGGCCUCCGAACCCCAAUGUGGAAUACAUCCCUUUCGAUGAAAUGAAGGAUAGAAUACUCAAGAUUGUUACUGGUUUUAAUGGGACACCGUUCACUAUUCAGCGGCUCUGUGAGCUGGUCACUGAACCCCGCAGGAAUUACACUGGCACGGACAAGUUUCUCCGAGGAGUGGAAAAGAACGUCAUGGUUGUCAGCUGUGUGUAUCCCACGUUUGAGAAAAACAAUUCAAGCAGCCUAAAUCGUAUGAAUGGUGUGAUGUUCCCUGGAAACUCCCAAAGUUACACGGACAGAUCAAACAUUAACGGCCCAGGAACCCCAAGACCUCUGAGCAGACCGAAGCUUUCGCUCUCGUCGAGCCCCAUGACCACAAACGGUUUACCUGAUGGUGCUGAGAAUAAGGACUCUGAUGUACUACAGAAAGACAAGACUCACAGUGAUUCCCUAUCUCCCGAUGAAAGUUCUCCACCAAGUACUGUAAAGAACAAGCACUUGGAGGAAGACCCGGCAGAAGAGCACGAAGUGAAGAGACUGAAAUUCGACACGGAAGACGAGGAAGAGGAGCAUUCUGACCAGCUUGACUCCUCAUCCAGCCAGUCUUCCAGUGACAUGACUGAUGACGCAGAAGCUCCAUCUACAACUGCGGAGAAAGAAGAAGAAGACAGCGAUACGGAGCAUGCUGCAGAAGAAGAGUCUCUUAUGACAUCAGGCGAGUUUGCGGCCGAAGUGGAGGACAAGCAAACCAGCGAUUCCUUAACCACCUGUGAAGAUAACCCCGAGGAAUCUCACCAAAUGGAGGAAUCGGAACAGACUGAGGAGCAGUGCGCUCUGCCAAGCGAGGAAGCCGACGACACCACCGCCACAGACAAAGCCGACACGGAGUGCAGUGAAACAGAGCACCCGGGAACUUUUGAAAAGUCCCCUGAAAUCCCCACUGAGUCCCCUAUGGAAAACAGCGAGGAGGCCACAGAUGUAGCAGAGGAACCUAUGGAACAAGACUAACUACACUGACACCUAUAGACACAGUAUUUUCCAGACAGUUCUGUUUUUACACUGUAUACAAAUUUUACCUAAUAAAGUGGACCUUUUAGUUUUACAAAAGGCAGGUUGUGAAAUGCAAACUUUUCUGGAAUAGAAACUGCGAUUUACUCCUCCGUUUCAGAACUGUGAACCUUUCCACCCUCCAGGUUCUGUUCGACGCUGAGUUCUUGGUUUGGUCAAAUCAGUGGUCAGUAUAUAGACUCCUUUUUUUUUUUUUUUUUUAUUAUUAUUAUUUUGAAAGAGUUUUUAAACUGGAAGGUUAUAAUUUUGACAACCCUUUUUUCUUUUUUUCUUUUUUUUUCUUCUCAAGGUUUCCACGUUUUGGUUAAAAAUUAAAAUCAAAUCUAUAUGGCGUCUCGUUCCUUUUUUAUUUUUUUUAUUUUUUUUUUCAUUUGAAGAUUGAUUUUAAUGAAACUUUAAUCUUAGUUAAAACUUUUUUUUUCCCUAUUUGUAUAGGAACAAAUGUUUCCUGUUGUCCCCACGCUUAUUUCUUUGGCAGUGAAUGUACUAGGAUAGACCUCAUCCAAACCUAUACUAAAGUGUACCCACCGCUUAGUGCCAGUGGAGUCGGUCGUGUGUAUUUGCAGAAUCCGUUAGUGGAAAAGGCAGCCUAAGAAUUCACUAUAAACUCAUGCCUUCACUAAGGCAUGUGGCUCGAUGAAUUGCAUUGUCGUGUACAGGUGACUGCCUUGGCAUAGUUUAGGCUAGGGGUGGGCAACCUGUGGCACUCCGGCUGCUAUGGGUUCCUGGUUUAGGCAAAAGGUGCACUUACAGCGUUUAAGACUCUCCUUCCGGAGUUACGAAGUUGCAAAGUUUAACAUUCCAAGAGACUGAACCAUUUUUUUUUUCCCCCUUCUGCAUUAACUCUUUCUAUAAUAUAAACGUGUUAAUUUUUAUUUAUGAGAAAAUGCGCUUAAUAGCGACUGCGGUUGACAGUCGCUGGCAGGUUACAGGUAAGGGUAGCUACUUGCAAACCUGGUUUCAGAAACACUCAAAGGGUACUAUAUUUUUCUUUCAUCGCUUGAGUUCAGAGAUCUGUGACUACCAGAAGUUCUUGUUUCUUAUCUAAGAAUUAUACUGAUGUAUGCAAUUCCAUUGCUACUUUGCUCAGCUGUAUUGAGAGGUUCUAUAUUGACUUAUGUACCUAGACUGAAUGUCUGGCAUUUUUUUGAGGUGCAUUGAAAAUACCAUGAUUUGUAUAACAUUUUUAAAGUGAACUGAAUUUUUUUUUUUUUCUUCCCCUCCGCCUUUUGACAGCCAGUGAUCGAUAACAUCUACGACCGGCUUUAAAGCACAAUUAUUGCUCUCAACAUCACGCUGCAUAGUUUCUGCGCGUCACAAUUGCUGGCUGCCGUCUUUAUACUGGUUUCUCCAACUUAUAGCUUUUUGAUAUUUAGAAUUUUUAAAUUUCGGUAAAGUAGAUUUUGUAGGAUGUUAACGAGUGUUCACUGCCUUUGUGCAACGUUAUCUAAUUGUAUAAUUUUCUGUGUGUAAAACUGAAUGCUUUGGGCUUUCAAUACAGUAUUCAUAUGAAGCAAUAAAUAUUUAUGUUAUAAGUGAUGGAGUACAUUUUUAUCAAAAAUAUGCACCUCAAAAUAAAAAUAGAUAAAUCCUAAAUUGUAAAA